AUGUGUGACUACGUGUUGUCUCUUUCAGCUUCCAGUGAAAAUGACCUGGACUUGAAGUUUUGUGGCUUGUGGCAACACGGUAAGGGCAGCCUGAGUCUGAACGUCAACCUCUCCAAAGGCUGCAGCGGGAUCUCAGUCUCAGCCAAUGAGAGCGCUCUGUCCAUCGAGGGCCAGAUCACAGCUCAGUGUAAACGGGACAAUAAGAUCCAGCUUGGACUGAAUUUGAAGGAGGAAACUCCCUUCUGUCUGUACUGGGACCCAUUGCUGGACCACUUGAUGCUGCAGGUGGGAGGAAAGAACCUCACUCUGUGCUACCCUGCCAGCCUAAAGGGUUCUUCCUGCUGCACCGAUCUGUCUGACGGUCCCAACGCAGACCAAGCCCCCUACGGCAUCAAGAAUGGAACCGUCAAAACUGAUAUCAUCUCCUCUAAAACACGAACUCACUACAAUUUCACAGCACAACCCAUCAACUGCAAAAUGUUAUGUGAUCAACAGAGCCAGCAAUCCACCAGAGGCAACAUGACUGAACGGGCUGCGGUGAAGUCCUUUGCUGGUUGGAACAUCGAGCAUCCCUGUGCUCGCAGCUCCGAGGUGGAGAUGAUGGAGGAUUUCAGAGGCGUCAAGGUCACAUCGCCUUUCUCUAAAGGUGAAUCUGCAGAGUCCGCUACCACUGUCCACCUCCCUCCCGCUCUCAAAGAAGCUGCAAAAAAGUCAAACAAAGUAGUCUGCACUUUCUUCCAAAAUAACUCUUUGUUCCAGGAGGUUGACAAGGAGGCCAGGAUUCUUGAUGAUGUGGUGGGAAUCACCGUGGAGAACGAGAUCAUCGCCAAUCUUUCUGAGCCAAUCAGGAUUGCCUUUCACCAUGAUGUCAUACCUAAAACGCAUUCAAGGAGUUGUGUUUCAUGGGACACGAAGAAAGAUCCGUUGCAGAUCAAUUGGUUAGGAGAUGGAUGUGAGGUCGGACAGAAAGGAGAAAAGUACACCGAGUGCCUCUGUAACCAUCUGACAUACUUCACUGUGCUCGUGCAAUUAAAGCCUCGCGCAGUCGCCGCCACUCCUGGCUCUGACCGCCAUUUCAUCUCCUGGGCUCUGCUGUGUCUGUGA